AUGACACAAUUCGGAACAACAGAUUCAGCUAGUCAUCUUAAUCGUAUUCUUCCUACACCAUAUACUCCAUCUUACAUCGGCCGUCAUCCAAUUUAUCCAAAAGCCAGUCCUGAUAUUGCAACACGUAUAUUUAAUCCAAUAUUUCCAAUUCAUUGGCAAAAAUCAUCGGAUAAUUAUGCUGUAAAAAGUCGAGACUAUCAUUGUGCAACGUAUACAUAUCUUGGACCGGAAUGGUUUAAAGCACCACCUAAACAUUAUGAAACAUAUAAAGAACCUCUCCGUCUGCCAGGCGACAAUUCAACUCGUAUCCGACCGAAAAGUGUUCCAAACCAAGCUUCACGAUCCAAGGAGGAUUAUUUUCAAUUUCUUAAUGAAUAUCCGGGUCGUUUUAAAAUUGAAUAUGCAUCACCUGAUGAUGUUAAUGAUUUAUGCUUUAAAAAUAAUCAUGUUAGUUAUGAUGCAAAUGUUGUUCAUCGACCAACACGUUAUGCUUUUCAAACCGAUAAAGAACCAUUGACAUUGGCAACUGGAAUACCGAACCGAAUCGAACCUGUGAUAAAUCCAUUUCGACAAUCGGAUGCACAACAUGCGCGAAUGACAACGCAUUCAGCUUGGUACCCUUAUGGCAACAGGCCUGUUCCAUAUCAAGAUUUUGUUAGUCAAAAUCCACGAUUUUAA